ACCGCCAUAAAACCCGAAAGAAGAAGAAGAAGAAGCAGACCCCUAUCCGAUAUGCCAUUCUGCAAACGAAGAAGCCGAUUCCACCAGUGACGUUACUGAAGCCUUUAUGACGACAGCGUGAAAGAAUGGCGAACGCGGGAAAUGAAAUCCUGUUUAAAAAGGAAACUGUUGCCAAACUUUUGACACUCUCUUUUAAGGAGGACAAAACAAAAGUCAGUAGUGAUGCUGUCAUACUCGUGGCGGAGAUGCUGAAAGUAUUUGUUGAAGAGGCGACACGCAGAGCUGUUAAACAGGCCAGCAGUGAGGAUUGUGACACCAUUGAUAUUGAGCACUUUGAAAAGAUUCUGCCACAACUGCUUCUUGACUUUUAGUUUUCCUGAGGAGCCAGCAGAUGGCGACAUAACCUAGUUCUGCUGAACACAAACAUCCUGGAUUUCACUUACAUAUUUACAAAUGUAGCAAUCUUAUUUUGACUGUGUGCAUUUAUUAAAUGUAUGACUAAUUUAAUAAAUAAUAAAAAAAAAAACCUGUUGUAA